CAAUGUAUUUUCAUUCGCUAAAGUAGCUGUUCCUACUUUCAAUCCUUCAGUCUUCAUUUCUGCCUAUAUUGGAUAAAGAUAUAUACAUACAUAUAUAUAUAUGUAUAUAUAUUAAUAUAUAUAUUAAUAAAGUUUUUCAAUUUUUAAUUGGGCAAUUAAUCUUAAUGAAAAAAAAGAACAUACGGCAUAAUAUUCUUUAUGAUCAAUAAUAUAAAAAUUAGGAACUUUUUCAAAUCUGAAACUCUUCUUCCGUCCAUUUGUCAUUAUUUCAAAGUUCAUAUAGUCAUUUCGCUUUAAAGUGACAGCAUUUUCUUGAUUAUUAUGUAAUAGUUUAUCCAUAGUAAAGUUAAACUUUAAAAAUUAUUUAAAAAAAAAGUUACGGAAAUUUGUUUGAAAUCAUUUUCACGGGUCAACUAAGCGAAGUUGGUAGAAUAAUCUUAUAUCGAAAUCGUUCUUUUAUCUUUAUCGAAUUUGACAUUUUGUUCAUAACUUCAUAGAAGAAUAUCAAGAAAUACUUUCUUGCUCAAUUUUUCUCAAUAUAUUUUUUUCAUUUUGCUAAGUUUUAUCGCUGGAGCCGUGAGCACAAGCGUUCUAUGUUUAUUAUCCACUACGGCUCGAACUUUUGCGUUGUCAAUACCAUCCGGUAUUAACAAAUUCUCGCAAUGUUUCAUCAUUUUUUUAAUCACGUCGGUAAAGAUUGGUUUUUCAUUCAUCUCUGGUAAUUGUUUUGCAAAUUGAUCAUCUAAGGGUUUAAUCAUGUUCACGCGAAGAUUAUUCCCUUUCACGGUUAUUUUAAUAGAUGACAGGUCUACCUCUGGCGCCAACAACAUUCUUGUCUACGAUACAAUAACGAUAAAUGUAUCACUGAUUUAAUUUAACUGAAAUUAGUUGUGUUGAACCUCAUAAACGUUAUCUGGUCGAAUUCCGCUAGACACGAUUUGCGUUAUGUAAUUGGUUUCCAAUGGUUUUAUGAUAGUUUUGUUCGAUUCUUGUUUAACCUGAUUUCCAAGAGAACUCGACGUUUUAAGAAACUUCAGCGAAGCCGAGCAUUUCGGGCAAUGUCUAGUAUCAAUUAUUAUAUCUCCAUUGCACUUUAUACAGUUACUUUUCUUUACAUCCAUUUUUCAGAUACUUUGAAGGCAUAUAUUAUCAUUAUCAAAUUCACGCUAGCCUGUGAAAGACAACUCGAAUACAACGUUGAAAUGGUAUAACGGGGAAUUUUUCACGAUAUUGUUAUAAUGCUAAAACUCACAGACUAAAAUGUGAUACGCCUUUGUACUAUAGGUUUACUUGUCAAUUUAAAAAUCGUGCCGGGAUGACAGGUGAAAAUCAAUGGAUACAAAACAACAAAAGAAUGCGAAGACCUCUUUUUACAUUAUGAGAUUCUGCAAUCAUCAAAUAACUUCUAUCCCCUUAUUAUUAAAAUUAUCAUCGAUGGAAUACAAAAGGAGAGUAUUCUUCAAAAUUUUCUACGAUACAAACUUUAAUAAAAAAUUUCGUUACAUCCAUCUUUUCGAUAAUAACAUCGUUCAACUAAUAUCAAUUCUAAAAAUUGAUCCCAGUUAAUCAAGAAUUAGAAUGGAGAUUCGAAAUGACGAAAACCCCGUUUAAUUCCAUUAUCGCGGAAUUAUCCGCUGUCCGCUGUUAAUCGAAUCAAAUUUCUAAUCGACGGAAGUGGUGAUCCUCUUUGGGAGGAUCGGGCGCGAAACACCAGAAUGAUUCCAACCUUGUACAAGCAGCCAGUUUGUUUAACAUUCGCGUCUGCAUUGUUUGAAACGCCUGCGCGAAUUUUCUUGGGAAUAGAGGUGCGCUGUAGGGGUAGCGCGGGAUUCAGGGUCGAAAUUGCACGGUGGUUGAAAAGCAUCGGAUACCAGUCGAGGACAGGCGGUCUCGCGUUUAAGUGGUCUCUCAAUUCCAUGUCGCCUUUGGUCCUGUUCUUUCAUUACGGAGUUUUGGCCAUCAUUUUCGGGAACGGUUUUGGGGAUGAACACGAAUAUAGAUUGACGAAAUAUCUGCUCGAUGGAUACGACGCCGGUGUACGACCAGCCGAGAAUUCCUCCCAACCCCUGGCGGUCGUCUUUGGUCUUUCUCUUCAUCACAUAAUCGACGUGGACGAGAAGAAUCAGAUACUGACGACCAAUUGCUGGGUGACACAGAUUUGGACGGACCAUCACCUGAAAUGGAACGCCUCGGAGUUCGCGGGGAUCCGAGUGAUUCGUGUUCCUUACAAUCGCGUCUGGAGGCCGGACACGAUUCUUUACAACAACGCCGAUCCACAGUACAGCUCGGCGGUCAUAAACACGAACGUGAUAGUGAGUCACACGGGGGAAGUGGUGUGGUUGAGCCAUGGGAUAUUUCGCAGCAGCUGCGACAUCGACGUCGAGUUCUUCCCUUUCGACGAGCAACGGUGCGUGUUGAAAUGGGCCUCCUGGACGUACGAUGGAUAUCAAUUGGAGUUGGAGAAGCAAAGCGAGCAAGGAGACGUGAGCAAUUAUCAAGCGAACGGUGAAUUCGACCUGGUCAAUUUCUCAGCGAGAAGGAACGUGGAGUAUUACUCUUGCUGCCCGGAACCGUAUCCGGACAUCACUUACGAGAUACGAUUGCGACGUCGACCGAUGUUUUACGUCUUCAAUCUGAUACUUCCCUGCAUACUCAUCAACAGUGUCGCCCUGUUGGUAUUCUACGUGCCGUCUGAAUCGGGGGAAAAAGUCACCCUCGGGAUUUCGGCCCUGCUCUCUAUGACGGUCUUCCUAAUGACUAUUCGCGAGUCACUGCCGCCCACGGAGAAAACACCAUUAAUAAGUCUUUAUUACGGAGUCAGUAUAUGCCUGGUGACAUUCGCUUCAGCUUUGGCUGUGGUCACGUUGAAUCUUCAUCACCGCGGUGUUCGAGGUAGUAGAGUGCCCGGUAUCGUUAGAUCAUUGGUCUUGGACAAGCUCGCCAGGAUAGUGCUCCUCAACUUUCAAGAGGAGAGAAGAUCGGAACCGGUCGAACCGCCAAGAAGAAAAAACAAUUGUCCACUGCACUGCAAACCGGAGCUGGGCCAAUCGCAAUCGUCGCCCAAGUUCGUAACCAGAAGGGAGGAGAGUAAUAGCAGCAGUCCUAGUUUAGAUCUUGGAAAAGAAGGUGGCCUUGAAGCACAAUGGUCGCGCGUGCUAGGGAGAGUGCACGCGACGAUCGAGAGAAACGAGAAACGACUUGCGGAGCAGGAUCGUCGCGAACGGAUGGAAUUUGAUUGGAAACAGGUCGCGUUGGUCAGCGAUCGAGCGCUUCUUUGCGUUUUUUUUUUGACGACGAUCGUCAGCACCACGGUCAUCCUGUGUGGUUCUCCGCCAAGCGCGAACAUUGCCAAAGAGGGUUAACGAGAUAAGAAAAGGACGAUGGUAGAAAAAAUUGAGUUGAAAUCGAAUACGGAAUUCGAGUAACUUUGUUUCAAAUAAGAUCCAUGGUAUAAGUAUUAAACACUUGUAACUAUUAUAUAAGCAAUUUUAGCAAUAAGGUGUAUGUACAACAAAUUCGUUUGUCGAAGAUAAGUUGCUGGAAGAAUAAAUUCUUUUUCUUUUAUGAUCA